UUGCCUCGGAAAUGUGGAUUUUUGUCCGUCUCUUCCUUAGCAGUUGUGGGAGAAGCCAUUUGUGCUGACUUUUGUGGAGGGAUUGGCAUCGGGCAGGUCCCUGUAUCCAGAUGGGCCUGACUUGCACCCCAGGUGCUGGGUUUGCCGAAAUCCCAAGCAGCAGCAGGAGACCCAAAGGUCUGUGGGCGGUGGGAUCCGAGCGCCCUGAGUCUGUCCUAGGCAACAAGGGGCUGGGUGCCGGUGUCCCGAAGCAGGGACUCUGGGGACAUGAGCCAAGGUCCAGGAUACAACGGGAAAUAACGGCACCUUCUCCUUCCUCUGCGGGAAGCUCGUCCCCUGGCUCCUGUCAAAGCCCCCGUGCCGCGCGCUGGAGGCCGGCGGGGGACUUGAGGGACGCGGUGGGGACAGGUGCCAUGAGGGCAGCGCCAGCCGGCCGGUGGCCUUUCUGUGGCCCUGGCGGGGUCGGUGGCGUGGCUGCGCAAGCGAGAGCCGCCCCAGGUCGCUAGCCGUGCUGCCUGAAACCCUGUGGGGGCUUUGCUGCCCGAGCUGUGCCGAGCAGUCAUGGUGCCAGGGUUGUCCCCAGCACUGGCUUGUCCCCGGGAGCAGUGGGAAGGCCAGGAGCGGCGUGACCCUUGGCGCGGGCUGCUUGCCCCGGCACCCCCCGCCUCGCCUGGCCAGCCCCCACGGUUCCUCCUUGCUGGGGAGCUGCUGGUGAGUGCAUGACCCUGGGUGCAAGUGCUGAGAUCAGUAAGCGAAGUGCCUGGCUGCGCUCUCUGCCUCCAUGUGACUGCCGUUUCCGUUAGCUCCUUCCGCAGAGGCUAUAUCGGUGCUGUACGCCCGGAGGGGGGGGAGAGAAACCAGGCGGCUCGCACCUACCCGUGGCCCCGAGGGUCCCCCGAGGUCCCCCGAGCGCAGCCGGAGGGGCUGCCGGCCGCAGGAUGAGUUGCAGCAAACCCUGCGCACCGCCCCACGCGCACUGGCAGUUAUGAAAACGCCGCUUGCUGAGACCUCACUGGGACCUGCUCAUUUGCCUGAGGUUCAGCUUUUCCCCAGAUGCAAAUGCCGUCAGCUCCAGUUCCACCAAGAGUGCCACCGCUGAGAUGGAGGCCCUGCUCCCCGGUGUCUCCCUGCUCCUGGUCCUCCUGGCAGCGGGAUGGGGAAGCGAGGCGGUCACAGCCUGGGCACCAUCUCCGGGUGGCUGCGAGCUCGUGUGGAGCACCAUGGACUGCACUGGGAGGUGGCUGAGCUCCAUCCCAGGAAAUCUUCAGGGUGACACCGAGGAGCUGUUGCUUGAUGACAACACUAUCCAGGUUCUGGGCAAUGCCUCUCUGCUCUCGUACCCCCAGCUGUGGCAUCUCAGCUUGACCAGGAACCGGCUGGAGCUCGUUGAGCCCGGUGCCUUCCUCAGCAGCCAAGGCCUCUGCGUGCUCUCCUUGGCAGACAACCUCCUCUUCACCAACUACUCGCUGACAGCAGCUGCUCUUUCUGCUCUGCCAGCCUUGAGGACACUGGACCUAGCUGGAAACCGCCUCACUGAGGACAUGGUAUCGGUUUUGGUCUGGAACCUGUCUUCCUUGGAGUCCUUGUCUGUGGCCAGGAACAUCAUCAUGAGGCUGGACUCAUCCAUCUUCAUGAACCUGACACAGCUGUUGGAGCUGAACUUGGAGAAGAACUACAUCUUUGAGAUUGACCAAGCUUUUGAAGGGCUGCAGAGGCUGCAGAGGCUCAAUGUAGCUUACAACUACCUCCCGUGCGUGGUGGAGUUCGGCCUGACCCAGCUCAGGGUGCUCAAUGUCAGCAACAAUGUCAUCGAGUGGUUUCUGGCCCUGGAAAGUGAUGACUUCUUCGAGCUGGAGGUGCUGGACCUGUCCCACAACCACCUCCUCUUCUUCCCUGUGUUGCCCCGGCAGAGCAAGCUGCGCUCCUUGCUGCUGAAGAACAACGAGAUGAGCUUCUACCAGCGCCUUCCCAAUGGCACAUCCCUGGAGAACGUUACGGUGCAGUUCCUGCUCAUUGAUGGCAACUCCACCAACGUCACAACGGUCAGUCUCUGGGAUGAGAUCUGCCACAGCAAUCUCUCCUCCCUGCGCCUCCUGGAUAUGAGCCAGAACCAGGUCUGGUACCUGCCAGAGGGUUUCCUGGCCCAGAUGCCCUCCCUUACCCACUUGAAGCUCAACCAGAACUGCCUGGAGUCAUUUCACCUGUCAGAGGGGGACCCCUUAGCCACGUUGACGGAGCUGGACCUCAGCCAGAACCGGCUGGAGGAGCUGGGGGUGGAGGUAGGCAAUGGGGGCAACAUCCUGCCCAACCUGCAGCUCUUCAACCUCAGCACCAACAGGCUGAAGGCGCUUCCUCCUGGGGUUUUCACCUACACCAGGAAGAUCACUACCGUGGACCUCAGCCGCAACCGAGUUGACCUCUGUCCCCAGCCAGCUGUUGCAGGCGAAGUGGAGAGCCCCCCCUGCGUGGACAUCAGGGGUGUUGAGACCUUGACUCAUCUCUCUUUGGCCAGCUGUGGUCUGCGGGGACUGGGCGGCCACCCUUUCCAGGGGACGUCGCUGAUGCAUUUGGACCUCUCUGACAACCACCAGGCACUCUCCGGGGACCUGGGGUGGCUGCAGGACCUCACUCUGACACUGCAGGUGCUGUCUCUGAGGAACACCACCCUCUCCUCCACUGCGGUGGACUUCUCUGCCUUUAACAGCCUCGUGCACCUGGACCUCUCAGGGAAUUCCUUGACUGUCUUCCCCACCUCGCUGGGCAUCCUGAAACUGCGCAGCCUGGACCUGCGGGACAACUGCCUCCCGGCCCUGCCGACGGACGUUGUGCAGACGCCGCUGGGGAAGAGCCUGCGGGAGGUCUACCUCAGCCGAAACCCCUACAACUGCUGCACGCUGGGCUGGUGGGACUCUCUGCAGCACGUCAAGGGGUUGCAUGUCCCGGACGGCCAGGAGGUGACCUGCAGCUAUGCCUCCCGCACGCUGAGCCCCAGGGCACUGCCCGAGCCUGUCCGGUGGAGCUGCCGCUGGCAGACGGCUGACCUGGCGCUCCUCUACCUGGUGCUGGCUCUGCCCACCUGCCUGACGCUCCUGGUGGCCUUCGCUCUCAUCUUCCUCACACUUAAGCAAAAGCUGCUGAAAAUGGUGAAAAGCCGGUGUGGGGUGUCCAGCCCUUACUGAUGGCUGAGGAGGAAGAAGGGCUCGUGAAUGGUGAACGCGAGCGGGUUGUCAGGAUUGCAGGGUACAACCCCUCCAAGGUGGGUGAGAUGGAGACUCAAUGGAUGGAGGACGAGGGGGUGCUGGCAGAGCUGCUGUUCCUGCUACAGAUGCCCUAAGGGUACCCAAAGAGUGCAGGACCGUGUCCGGUGAUGGAGCCUGGGGCUGUGGUGAGCAUGCUCAGAGGACACUUCUUCAGCAGAAACCUUCAGCUGAAGCUGGUGAGAGCCGAGCAGACACAAUACCAAACACCUCUCAGCCAAAGGGGCACAGACAGUUUCCCCCACCACAUUUUUCCCCCUGCUUCAGGCUGUUCCUUUUAUUUAUUCAGCCCCGUAGCCAAGUCUCCACCGCACAGCAUUGUCUGGGGCUGCAGCCAGCCUCCGCGGGUUGCCCCGUGCUGGAGCAAGCAUUGCGCGGGCGCUGCCGGGAAGGGGCUCCGCGGCUGCAGCCUCCCACCCUGCUCUUGCCAGCACGGCAGCCCCGGGAGCACCCAUGUGCCUGUCUAAGGCAGGCGCGGCCAGCGGGGCUGAAGGGCACGUUGUUGCUUGGUUAAGUCACAAUCUGAUUAGAAAAGACCAUUAAAAACAGCCCGAGCUGCAAUGAUGUGAAAUGAUUGAAAGGCAGAGGAGAAUAAAUUAUAUCGCUGGUGA